AUGGCGGGUUUCAAGCUAUCCUGCUCUUCUACAAAGACAUGCAAUUUGAAUGGCAUUAUAAAAUAUCACAAACACGAAGAGAACCACAGCGAUGACAACGAUGACGAUGCUGACCACAAUUUCAUCAACAACAGCAGUUGCGGCAACAGCGAAAGUUUGAAAAAAAUUGUGUCCCCAUCAACUACAGCCAACAGCAAUUCUAUUUUUAACAACAAUAACACUACACCCAAUAACAACAACAUCUACGGAUUGAGUAGCAGCAACUUGUAUCCAACCAAUUGGAACAGCCUGUCGUGGCAAAUGUUCAACCAGUAUCACCAGCAAUCCUACCAGCAUUCUCAACUACAAAAAUUUUAUAACUUUAGCAACAGUUGCAAAAAUGUGGGUAAGGACUCUGAGAGCUGCACAAUCAACAAUUUGCUUUCCUACCAGAACUACAAUAAAAGUUGCGACCUCGAGUACAAAACAACACCGUCUUUCGUUUCUGGUUGCAAUUAUCCAAACUCUGAUAUGACGUCGUUCAAUAAUGACACGAACACUUUACAGGAUCACAUAAAAUCACUGUCCGAUACAUUUAGCAACAAACUAAGCAGCAGCAACAACGAUUACGUCAUCCACAACAACAACAACAGCAACAACAACAACAACCCUUAUUCGCCACUAGCCAUAAGUAACAAACUUAUGAGCAGCGGGCAUAGCUUCAUUAGCACAAAUGUCAGUGAUGCAGAUGAUAACGAUGUUGAUGGGUACGACGACGGCAAAGAUGAUAGUGACAACAACACCAGCAACAACUGCCAAGAUAGUGAGCAGCAACAACAACAUUCAAGUGAAACAACAUACUCGCAUCACAAACUCACAACCAACCUACCAACUAAAAGUCUAAAUUCUACCCCAGAUAAAGGUUCUAUUUGA